CGGUGAAACAACGCGAAUUAUUGACUACAAUUUGAUUGUUUGACAUGCCAAAUAUAACAUUAACAAUUUUUUGUAAUUAAACAAAAGUUUUAAUCAAGCAAAAAAUUAAAUAAACUAUGUCCCAAAUCAGCACUAAGGAAAAACUUUUAUACAUAAUAGAUGAUAUGGAACUUAUAGCAAAGGAAAUAAUAGAAAAUUCAAUAGCUCCUAAAAGUUCCAAGCUCUCUGGUCCCGAAUAUGCUCAAUUAACUGAUCUCCUUGUUGCAAAAGAUAAUGAGCUAAAAAAAACUUUGGAACUUGCUUCAGAACAAGCACAAAUCAAUAAAAAAUUGGAUGCUUUAAAAGCAGAAGUUGAACGGCAAGAUCAAGAUAUUAACCAUCUUCAAAAGCAAUUGAAAGAAGCCGAACAAAUUCUGUCUACAGCAAUAUAUCAAGCUAAUCAAAAAUUACAAUCUAUUGCUAGAGCAAACAAAAGGCCAGUUUCUUCUGAAGAGUUAAUAAAAUUUGCACACAGAAUUAGUGCAUCUAAUGCAAUUUGCGCUCCUCUAACCUGGCAACAGGGAGAUCCACGAAGGCCUUACCCUACAGAUAUUGAAAUGAGAUUAGGUUUAUUAGGAAGACUUGGGGAUCCCAUGAAUGGACAUAUGCUAGCACAACAAAAUAAUAUGUCAGACUUACAUAGGCCUGGACAUCCAGGAGAAAUUCCUGCAGCACAGCAGAAUCAAUUUGCUUGGCAUCCAACUGGUGAGAUGCACAUAAGUGUUGGACAAGGCACAGUUCCAAUGGAUACAAGGAAUCAUAAACAAGAAAAUGAGGAUGUUGAAGUUAUGUCUUCCGACUCCAGCAGCAGUUCUUCAAGCGAUUCUCAAUAGCCUUAUAGACUAUUAUCAUAUUAAUAGACUAUAUUUGACUGUACAUUAUUUUUAUUCUUUUUAAUAUGUGUUCUGUGAACAAUGUGAUUAAUAAAUAUCUUACGUUGGAA